AUGAGCAACCAAGAACAAUUCUCUAGCAGUUGUGGUGAUAAUGGAAACUCCGAAAGUCUGCUUAUUGAAAACUCACCUCUGAAAAAAGCGAAGAUUGAGAUAGAAUGUGAAGAUAUUGACAACAUUGAUAGGAUCAAUCAACUACCUGAAGCUCUUAUUGUUCAAAUUCUAUCUCGAUUGUGCAUAACAGAUGCGUUCAGAACAACUAUUCUCUCUAAAUAUUGGCAAUACUUCUGGACUUGUAUCGACAACAUUGUUUAUGAAGAGGAUUAUAGUCGUUCAAAUAGCUCGACAAUGCACAAAUUUAUUUCCUUAACGGAUAAUGUACUACCUCUGCUUAUCUGCUCCACCAUUAAAAAUUUCAGUCUAAACUUUGUGUUCAGAUAUGAUGAUGACGUGUCUUAUUUUCCCAAAAUUGACAAGUGGCUUGAAUUUGCUGUGAAUAAGACAGUGGAGGAUCUACACUUGAAUAUACGUUAUACUGUUGAUCCGACUGAGCAUGACCAACCCUAUAGCUUGCCAGUAGCUCUCUCUAAUAGUUCAUCGAUUCUAAAACUUAACUGCAAGAAUUGCAGAAUAUUAGAAGAUUGUGUACUAAAUUGGACAUCUCUGAGGAGUUUAACACUGAAAAAUUUGUUUCUACGGGAUGAACACAUUAAACAAAUAAUGUCAAAUUGUCCUCAAUUGGAAUCUUUGAAGCUACAAGAAUUUUGUGGUUUUAAUCGUUUGCACAUGACUUCUCCAAAAUGUAGGCGGCUGCAUUUGAUCCAUCACGGUCAUCCUUGUGGGGAUUGGUACUCAUUCGAAGGUGAUAUAUGUUGCUUUGAAAUUGUUGCUCCACAUGUUGAACAUUUAACGAUUUCUGGGGUUUUUAAUCAUACAAAAAUUAAGCUCAGAGACUUGUCAUCUUUGAAACAUGCCAAUCUUGAUCUCGUCUGUGAUGAAUUUAAUGAAAUGGAUAAACACAUAGUGAAAGAUCUUUUGGUAAGCGUUCGUUGUGCUAAUGAGCUAAUACUCUCAUCCUGGUUUAUCAAGGUAAUUUCCAAUUUGAUGUUAGAAGAAGAAAAUGUCUUUUCACCGUUGCUGGAAUGCAGAUGGUUGACAAUAAGUUCUUGUAUUUCAAAACUUUCGUUCCCUCUACUAGACAACCUCUUAAGGUCGACUCGUAAAUUGGAAAAUUUGAUGAUAUUUCCUGAUACGCCGUACCAUCCUUUUUUUGAGGACGAAGAUUUAGAUUUGGUGGAAGACAAGUACCUCUCCUUUGAAGAAAACAUAUUCAAAGUUUCCUUACAGAAUUUGAAGAAUGUCAAGGUUAUGCCAUUUUGUAGUCGUACGCGUAGAUCUGACGAAACAGAGCUCAAUCAAUUCUUGAAGUUCUUACUUGAGCAUGCAAUAAAUCUGGAGAAGCUGGUUAUAGUGCCAGAGCAUAAGGAAUGCAACAAUUGUUCUACUAAUACCUCAUACCUGAAGUAUUUGUUAGCUUUUCCAACAACUUCUAUUCGUGCAGUUAUUUCCUUAGGAAAAGCUAGUCAGAAUGUUUUCUAUAGUGAUGUUUGA